AUGGCCAUGGAAGUCCCUGAAGAUCAACCUCCGAGGUAUUCAAUGUUGGAGAUGGCCGGUUGGCCAGAUGAUACUUGGUCUCAAAGUGGAGCAAAUGUCAACGACGAUGGCCGUAUUGAGGUUGAUCUUGACUCUAAGGUCUGCAAAGCUGUGGCAAAACUACUUCCGAUCCCGCAGGAGGAACCGAUAUCCACCCCACCUCCAGAUUAUCAUGAUACUGAGCCUUUGAUUUGUGAUGUGAAACUGAACAUCGUGAUUCAAGUCGUCGGCAGCCGAGGAGAUGUCCAGCCCUUCAUUGCAUUGGGCAAUGAGCUGCAACUUCAUGGCCACCGUGUAAGACUGGCAACUCAUGGAGUGUUCGAAUCAUUUGUCCUUCAAUCGGGUCUAGAGUUUUACUCUAUCGGAGGUGAUCCGGCAGAGCUUAUGGCAUAUAUGGUCAAGAACCCUGGCUUAAUACCUCAGAUGAAUAGUCUGCGACGCGGAGAAAUCCAGCGAAAACGGGCUAUGGUCGCGGAAAUGCUGCAAGGAUGCUGGAAAUCAUGUAUAGAUGACGAUCCGGUCAGCAAGGCGCCUUUCGUGGCUGAUGCCAUUAUUGCUAACCCCCCCAAGCUUUGCCCAUGUUCAUUCACGCGGGCUUUUCCGCAUCCCUUGGCCAAUCUUAAAUUCUCAACUACCGCGCCAAAGUUGGCUAAUUAUAUUUCCUAUGGUUUCGUUGAAUGGAUGACAUGGCAAGGCCUUGGUGAUAUUAUUAAUGAAUGGAGAUCUUCGCUUGAUUUGGAGCCUGUGCCCACAACUGAAGGGCCAUGCUUGACAGAAACUUUGAAAGUGCCGUUCACCUACUGUUGGUCACCAAUCCUCAUACCAAAACCAUCGGAUUGGCCAUCGAGCACUGAUGUCUGUGGAUUCUUCUUCCGUUCUCUUCCGGACUAUAAACCACCUCCUGAUCUCGAUGCAUUUCUUCGAGCCGGUAGCCCUCCAGUAUAUAUUGGUUUUGGCAGCGUUGUUAUCGAAGAUCCAACCGCCAUGACGAAUAUCAUACUUCAAGCUGUGAGAUCACUUGGCAUCCGCGCAAUUAUCUCUCGAGGGUGGACUCAAAUUGGAGAAUCUGAAUCUGAUGACCAAGUUUUCUAUCUUGGAGACUGCCCGCACGAAUGGCUCUUUCAACACGUCGUCGCUGUUGUACACCAUGGAGGGGCGGGCACCACAGCCUGUGGCUUACGCUUUGGCAAAGCUACAACGAUCGUCCCGUUUUUUGGAGAUCAGCUAUUCUGGGGUAACAUGGUCGCGUCAUGCGGCCUGGGACCUCAGCCCAUUCCCUUCCGAUCUCUAACUUCACAAAAUCUAGCGGAGGCUAUCCAAUUCUGUCUACAGCCAGAAACCCAGUCUGCUGCUCAACAUGUCGCAAGUAGAAUAAUCCAUGAGAAUGGCGUUGCUGCGGCUGUUGCAUCGUUUCAUCGUAAUUUACCAAUUAAUAAGAUGAAAUGCCAUGCGCUUCCAACAGAACCUGCUGUGUGGCGUUUCAAAAAAUAUGCAAAACCCGCGAUCCAUCUGUCGAAAUUUGCCGCUGAGGUUCUGGUUCAACAUCGUCGUUUGAAACAAACCGAUCUUCAACCCUACCUCGUCCAGCCUAUCGUCAUUAAAAAUCAGCGCUGGGAUCCAGUCACUGGCACAGCCUCCUCGUUAUUACACACUAGCACAAGUAUAUUAAAAGCAACAGGUGAUAUUGUUUACCGACCAUAUCAGGAACUUCGCCGUGUCCCCAAAAGCCAAUCAGACCUCACCGUACAAGGUCCCUCUGAAUCAAGAUCUGCUAGUAUCGCGUCUUCGAGGAGCGAAUCCUCUCUCGCAGUCUCCAGCAUAAAAAAGCCGUCGGCACUCAAAGCUACGGGAGCUGCAGUGGGGGGGCUCAGCAAAAAGCCUAGUGAAGGUCUGAGAGCCGUGCCACGUCUGUAUGGCGAUGAAGUCAAAGACCAUGGACCAGUCAACGAUUGGAAAUCUGGGGCUUCCUUUGCUGGCAAGAACUUCGUGCACGGAAUGGCGGAUGGCCUCAGUGACAUUUUCACUCAACCAUACAAAGGUGGACAGGAAGAGGGUGCAAAAGGUGUGGCGAAGGGAGUUGCAAAGGGUGUUGUUGGUGUGACAACCAAAGUUUCAUCUGCUGCACUGGGGCUGGUGGCUUAUCCUGCUCAUGGGAUGAUGAAGAGUCUGUAUGCUGCAACGCACGCCAAAACGCGGAAGCGGAUUCUCCUGGCCCGAAUAGAAGAGGGAAAGUAUCUGGUGGAAUGCCCAAAGGAGGGCCGAAAGGAUUACCAAGCUAUUAUUCGCAACUUUGAGACUGCUUGCCUCAACACUGCGGAAUCCUCUGAAUCCUCAUGA